GCGCCGCGCUGCCUCGGCUCUCAUUGGACUGCGCGGCCGGACUAGUGUCAGCCCAUGUGGCGUGUUAGGAGGAAGAAUGUCACACAUUUAAACCCGGAGCAGAAAAAACCCUCAAGACCGGCGGAAUCGGUAAGACUCGGAGGACCGAGCAGGGACACCGCGUGCUGACAGGUUAGACCGGAACGUUUGGACGCUCGUUCGAUCCCAGCUCGUCUUCGGCAGCAUCACGGACGCGCAGCAUGGAGGACAUCGUCAUCGCGGGGAUCUCAGGCCGUCUGCCAGAGUCUGACAACCUGCAGGAGUUCUGGGAAAACCUCAUCAAUGGAGUGGACAUGGUGACAGAGGACGACCGGCGGUGGAAACCAGGUCUCUACGGUCUCCCCAAGAGGAACGGUAAGCUGAAGGACAUCAGCCACUUUGACGCAGCCUUCUUCGGAGUCCACCCCAAACAGGCCAACACCAUGGACCCCCAGCUGCGCCUCAUGCUGGAGACCUCCUACGAGGCCAUCGUGGACGCAGGCCUGAAUCCGGCGGCGCUGCGCGGCAGGAAGAUGGGCGUGUACAUCGGGGUGAGCGGGUCCGAGGCGGGCGAGGCCUUCAGCAGAGACCCGGAGGAGCUCCUGGGCUACAGCAUGACGGGCUGCCAGCGCGCCAUGCUGGCCAACAGACUGUCCUACUUCUUUGACUUCAGCGGCCCCAGCCUCGCCAUCGACACCGCCUGCUCCUCCAGCCUGCUGGCCUUAGAAAACGCCUUCCACGCCAUCCGCCAGGGCCACUGCGAGGGGGCUCUGGUCGGAGGGGUCAACCUGCUGCUCAAGCCAAACACCUCAGUGCAGUUCCACAAACUGGGCAUGCUCAGCGCCGAGGGCACCUGCAAGUCCUUCGAUUCGUCGGGCAAUGGAUACUGCCGAUCUGAAGCGGCGGUCGCUGUGCUGCUGACCAGGCGAUCUGUGGCUAAAAGAGUCUACGCAACGGUGAUCAACGCCGGCAACAAUACCGACGGAUACAAAGAGCAAGGUGUGACCUUUCCCUCCGGUGACAUGCAGCAGAGGCUGGUCCGUUCUCUCUACCAGGAGGCCAAAAUCACCCCCGAGCAGGUGGAGUACAUCGAGGCCCACGGCACCGGAACAAAGGUUGGGGAUCCACAGGAAGUCAACGGUAUUGUCAGUGUGUUCUGUGAGUCCAGGAAGGAGCCCUUGUUAAUUGGCUCCACCAAGUCCAACAUGGGCCAUCCAGAACCAGCCUCUGGUCUGGCUGCCUUGGCAAAGGUGGUUCUCUCCUUGGAGCAUGGAGUUUGGGCCCCCAACCUGCACUUCAACACUCCGAACCCCGACAUCCCGGCGCUCGCCGACGGCCGGCUGCAGGUGGUGGACCGGCCGCUGCCGGUGCGGGGCGGCUUCGUAGGGAUCAACUCCUUCGGCUUCGGAGGUUCAAACGUUCACGUCAUCCUCCGGCCGGCGGAGCGGGCGGCGGCCCCCCCCCCGUCGAGGUCCCACCCCAGGAUCCUGCAGGCCUGUGGCCGCACGGAGGCUGCGGUGAGCGCCAUCCUGGCCAAAGGGAAGGAGCACGCCGCAGACGACGGCUUCCUGUCCCUGCUCAACGGCGUGUCGGGCGUGUCCGCCGCCAGCAUGCCGUACCGAGGCUACGCCGUGCUGGGCUCCGACGGAGACACGACGGAGGUGCAGCAGGCCGCCGCGGCCGGCAGGCCGCUGUGGUUCGUCUGUUCAGGCAUGGGCACCCAGUGGGCCGGUAUGGGCCGCAGCCUCAUGCAGCUGCCGUCCUUCCGGGAGUCCAUCCUGCGGUCCGACUCCGCCCUGCAGUCCACCGGCCUGGUGGUGUCCCGGCUGCUGAUGGAGGCCGACGACGCCACGUUUGAAGACACGGUCCACGCCUUCGUGGGCCUGGCUGCCGUCCAGAUCGCCCAGAUCGACCUGCUGUCCCAGCUGGGCCUGCGGCCGGACGGCAUCGUGGGACACUCGGUGGGGGAGCUGGCCUGCGGCUACGCCGACGGCUCGCUCAGCCAGGCCGAGGCCGUCCUGGCGGCCUACUGGAGAGGCCGCUGCAUCCAGGAGGCCGACCUCCCUCCAGGAGGCAUGGCGGCCGUCGGGUUGACCUGGAAGGAGUGUCUCGCCCAGUGUCCUCAGGGAGUCGUCCCUGCCUGCCACAACGCCGAGGACACCGUCACCAUCUCUGGUCCUAAGGACUCCAUUGCUGCGUUUGUGAAGGACCUGAAGGAGCAGGGAGUGUUUGCGAAGGAAGUGCGUAGCGCCGGCGUUGCUUUUCACUCCUACUACAUGGCGUCCAUCGCUCCGGCGCUGCUGGCUGCUCUGAAGAAGGUGAUCCCGGAGCCGCGGCGGCGCUCGUCCCGCUGGGUGAGCACCUCCAUCCCUCAGUCCGACUGGGACUCCCCUCUGGCCCUCUACAGCUCGGCCGACUACCACGUCAACAACCUGGUGAGCCCGGUGCUGUUCCAGGAGGCGCUCAGCCUGGUGCCGGACCAGGCGGUGGUGGUGGAGAUCGCUCCGCACGCUCUGCUACAGGCCAUUCUGAAGCGCAGCCUGAAGCACACCUGCACCAUCGUCCCGCUGAUGAAGAGGGGCCAUGCCAACAACCUGGAGUUCUUCCUCUCAAACAUUGGCAGGAUUUACAUGAAUGGCAUCGACGUGGACAGCGACCGGCUGUGCCCGGCUGUGAAGUACCCGGUCCCAGCCGGGACCCCUCUGGUGUCUCCCCUGGUUUUGUACCAUGCUCAGGCCUGGGAUGUCCCCAAGGUGGAGGACUUCUCCUUUGGCUCCGGAGGCUCUAAAUCUUCUGCUCUCUAUAAUAUUGACCUGGACUCUGCAGACCACUACGUGCUUGAGCACUGCAUCGAUGGCCGUGCUCUGUAUCCGGCCACGGGCUACCUGCUGCUGGCCUGGCGCACCCUGAUGAGGAGCCUGGGGACCGUCCUGGAGGCCACGGCCGUGACCUUCGAGGACGUGACCAUCCAUCGAGCCACCAUACUGCCGGCGGCUGGCUCCGUCCAGCUGGAGGUCAAUCUCAUGCCUGCCACCAAUAAGUUUGAAAUCUCUGAAAAUGGAAACCUGACUGUCAGUGGGAAGGUCGGCCUCUUGGAGGACGCCGCCCUGGAUUCGCUUCACCAGCAGAUCCAAGAGCAGAGCGCCGGGGACGGGGACGGAGACGGAGACGGCGGACGGCCUCUCAAGGCUCCGGACGUCUACAAGGAGCUGCGUCUGCGGGGCUACGACUACGGCAACGCCUUCCGCGGCAUUCUGGAGUGCAGCCACGCAGGAGAGCGGGGACAGCUGGAGUGGACGGGGAACUGGGUGACCUUCCUGGACGCCAUGCUGCAGAUGAUGGUGGUGGGGCUGCCGGGGCGCGGUCUCCGGCUGCCCACCAGGAUCCGGUCCGUGUGCAUCGACCCGGCCCUCCACCGGCAGCAGGUCGUCCGGCUCGCCGAGGGGAAGCAAGCCGUGAGCGUCCGGGUGAGCCGGCCCCUGGACAGCAUGGUGGCCGGGGGGGUCCAGGUCCGGGGUCUGCACGCCACCGUGGCCCCCCGCCGCCAGCAGCAGCAGAGCCCGCCCGUCACCGAGGAGCUGGUCUACGUUCCCUACCUGGAGACCGGGUGUCUCUCAGCCAGCGAGGAGCUGACGGAGCAGCUGGAGCGCUGCCAAGGUCUAGUCGGCGUCCUGCAGCAGAAGCUGGUUCCUCACGGCAUCAGACUGUCGGUUCCGGGAGUCCCUGGGCAGUGCGGCGGUCCGGGCGGCGGCGAGCCUCCGGAGCCCGGCCUGGUCCGGCUGCUGACCCGGCUCUGCGGGCUGGACCUGAACGGGAGCUUCCGGUCCGAGCUGGAGCAGCUGGUGGAGGCGGAGCGCUCCUGUCUCCUGCAGGACGUCCUGCUGAGGGGCCUGCUGGACCGGCCCCCCCUCAGACACUGCCUGGACAUCGUCCUGGAGAACAGCCCGCCCGGCAGGAUCCGAGUCCUGGAGGCUCUGUCCAGUGAGGGCCAGCUCUUCUCGCGGGCGGUGCCCCUCCUCGGCCUGCAGCCGGCGCUCCAUGUGGACUACACCGCCUCGGCGGCAGACCUGGACCUGCUGUCCGGCCAGCGGGCCCAGCUGGAGGAUCUGUCCGUGGCGUGCGCGCAGUGGGACCCGGCGGCGGGCCCCGCCCCCGCCGGCCUGGCGGCGGCGGCCGACCUGGUGGCAUGUAACCACGCGUUUGGCCCCCUGAGCGCGGACCCCGGCUCGCUGGUGGCGAACCUGGCGUCUGGAGUGCGGCGGGGCGGCUUCGUCCUGCUGCACACCCUGCUGAAGGGGGACACUCUGGGCGAGACGGUGGCCUUCCUCUGCAGCUCCGCCCACAACCACAAGCACCACGGGCUGCUCACACAGGCUGAGUGGGAGACGGUGUUUGAGGCGGCGUCUCUCAGCCUGGUGGCGCUCAGGAGGUCUUUCUACGGCUCCGCCAUCUUUCUGUGUCGCCGCCGGACCUCGGGCCAGCCGCCGGUCUUCCUGCCGGUGGACGGCAGCGACUACCAGUGGGUGGAGACUCUGAAGACGCUGCUGGCGGAGGCCUCGGACCGGCCGGUGUGGCUCACGGCGUCUCGCCCCCACAGCGGCGUCGUCGGGAUGGUCAACUGUCUCCGGCAGGAGCCGGGCGGCCACCGGAUCCGCUGUGCGUUCGUGUCCAACCUGAACGACUCGUCGGCGGCGCCGAACCUCCAGGCGGCCCAGCCGGACCUGCAGUCCGUCCUGGAGAAGGAUCUGGUGAUGAACGUGUACCGAGACGCGUGCUGGGGCUCCUUCAGACACCAGCACGUCACAAAAGAUGCCGGUGAGGAGCUGACGGACAGCGCCUACGUCAACGUGCUGACCCGCGGUGACCUGUCGUCCCUGCGCUGGAUCAGAUCCACCGCUCCGGACCCCCGGGCCGCCGGCCACGCCGCGGCGCCGUGCCACGUCUACUACAGCUCGCUCAACUUCAGAGACAUCAUGCUGGCGACCGGCAAGCUCCCUCCGGACGCCAUCCCAGGGGGGCAGGCGCUGCAGCAGUGCAUGCUGGGUAUGGAGUUCUCCGGGCGCGACGCCGCCGGCGGGCGUGUGAUGGGGCUGCUGCCCGCUAAAGGCCUGGCUACGCACGUGGACGCCGACAGGAGGUUCCUCUGGGAAGUUCCCUCCAACUGGACUCUGGAGCAGGCAGCCUCAGUACCGGUGGUCUACGCUACAGCGUAUUACUCCCUGGUGGUCCGCGGCCGGCUCCGGUCCGGGGAGUCGGUUCUGAUCCACUCGGGGUCGGGGGGCGUGGGCCAGGCGGCCAUCGCCAUCGCACUGAGCAGGAAGUGCCAAGUGUUCACGACAGUGGGCUCGGCUGAGAAACAGGCCUACCUGCAGGACAGGUUUCCCCAGCUGUCCACACACAGCUUCGCCAACUCCCGCGACACCUCGUUUGAAAAGCACAUCCUGCUUCACACAAAGGGCAAAGGGGUGGAUGUGGUUCUGAACUCUCUGGCUGAGGAGAAGCUUCAGGCCAGCCUCCGCUGUCUGGCUCGACACGGCCGAUUCCUGGAGAUUGGAAAGUUCGACCUCUCCAACAACUCCCCGCUGGGCAUGGCCCUGUUCCUGAAGAACGUGGCCUUUCACGGCAUCCUGCUGGACGCUCUGUUUGAGGAGGGGAACCGGGAGUGGGAGGAGGUGUUCCAGCUGCUGAAGGAGGGCAUCGCGGGAGGAGUGGUCCAGCCUCUCCGGACCACCGUGUUCCAGAGGGAGCAGGUGGAGGAGGCCUUCAGGUUCAUGGCUCAGGGCAAACACAUCGGAAAGGUCCUGCUGCAGGUGCGUUCUGAGGACUCCGACGCCUCCUGUCCUCUGUCCAUCCCAGCUAUCUGCCGGAGCCUCUUCCUGCCCAGCCACUCCUAUAUCAUCACCGGGGGGCUCGGGGGCUUUGGCCUGGAGCUGUCUGAGUGGCUGAUCGAGAGAGGAGCUCGCAUACUAGUGCUGACUUCCAGAUCAGGAAUCAGGAAUGGUUACCAGGAGAAGCGAGUGUGUGAGUGGAGGAGCCGCGGCGUGGACGUGCUGGUGUCCACCAGCGACGUGGGCUCGCCGGACGGCGCAGAGCGGCUGAUCGCAGAGGCCCGAGCUCGCGGUCCCGUGGGCGGAGUCUUCCACCUCGCCAUGGUGCUGAAAGAUGGGAUGCUGGAAAACCUGACUCCUCAGCUGUUUGUGGAAGUGAACAGGCCUAAAUGUGAGGGCAUCGUGAAUCUGGACCGGGUGACCAGACAGGUCUGCCCCGACCUCAGCUACUUCGUGGCCUUCUCCUCGGUCAGCUGCGGCCGUGGAAACGCCGGCCAGAGUAACUACGGCUACGCUAACUCUGCCAUGGAGCGCGUCUGUGAGCGGCGGCGCCACGACGGCCUGCCCGCCCUGGCGGUGCAGUGGGGGGCCAUCGGGGACGUCGGCGUGGUGCUGGAGACCAUGGGUGAUAACGACACCGUGAUUGGAGGGACGCUCCCACAGCGCAUCGCCUCCUGUCUGGAGGUGCUGGACUUCUUCCUCUGCAGGCGGCAGCCGGUGAUGUCCAGCUUCGUGCUGGCCGAGAGGACCAGGGUGCAGCAGGAGGCCGGCGGCGGCAGAGACCUGGUGGCGGCCGUCGCCCACAUCCUGGGCGUGCGGGACGUGAGCAGUCUGAAUGCUGAUUCCUCAUUGGCGGACUUGGGCCUGGACUCUCUGAUGGGUGUGGAGGUUCGCCAGACUCUGGAGCGGGAUUAUGAUAUCGUGAUGGCCAUGAGGGAGGUCCGCCAGCUCACCAUCAACAAACUGCGAGAGCUCUCCCAGAACGACAAGCCUGAGGGAUCCAACGCCAAGAGGGACGGCCCCAGCUCCGGACUGGACUCGGACCCGGCCCAGCUCCUGGUCGACCCCAACGGCCCCACCGUGACCCCACUGAAGGAGGCUCCCGGCCAGGGGAGGGCGCUGUUCGUGGUCCACCCCAUCGAGGGCUCCGUCUCCAGGCUGAAGACGCUGGCGUCCAGACUCAGCAUGCCCUGCUAUGGCCUGCAGUGCACCUCAGCCGCCCCUCUGGACAGCAUCCAGGCCCUGGCAGCGUACUACGUCCAGUGUGUCCGGCAGGCGCAGCCCGAGGGGCCGUACCGAGUGGCCGGUUACUCCUUUGGAGCCUGCGUGGCGUUCGAGAUGUGCUGCCAGCUGCAGGCCGGCGGCCAGUCGGUGGAGCACCUGUACCUCCUGGACGGCUCGCACUCCUACGUGGCCGCCUACACUCAGAGCUACAGGGCCAAGCUGACCCCGGGCAACGAGAGCGAGGCGGAGGCCGAGGCCCUGUGCGCCUUCGUCCAGCAGUUCACCGGCACCGAGUACAACAAGCUGCUGGACUCUCUCCGGCCGCCGCCGGACCUGGAGGCUCGCGUCGCCGUCGCCGUGGACCUGAUCGCCGCCGGACGCGCCGGCCUGGGACCGGACGCGCUGCGCUUCGCCGCCACCUCCUUCUACUUCAAGCUGAAGGCGGCGGACGGCUACGUGCCGGCGGGGAAAUACCACGGCAGCGUGACGCUGCUGCGAGCCGGAACCAGCAGCGAGGCGGAGCUCAACCUGGGAGCCGACUACAAGCUGAGCGAGGUGUGCGACGGGAAGCUGGCGGUCCACGUCAUUGAGGGAGACCACCGCACCUUCCUGGAGGGGGACGGAGCAGAGUCCAUCAGCAGGAUCAUCCACAGCUCACUGUCUGAGCCCCGAGACCGCUAGACCGGCCCAACCCCCCCGCAGGGCCCCCCACAGCAGGGCCCCCCACAGCACUCCCACACUAGACUGAUCCAGUCUGUUAACUGCUCAUUAGGGACCAGCGGG